GGGACUGUUAAAAUGUUGUGUGAGCAGUUUUACGUCCUUCUGCGGCAACAUGCAGAUCCAGACGUUGGCGUAUGCGAUCUCGGCGACGUUUACGUUCUUCACAGUGCUCAUCAGCGGAUGGGAGAUGUGGACGCACCUGACGCAGAACCCGAGCCCGUCAAACCGCAAGUACAUCUUGCGGAUCUUGCUCAUGGUGCCGAUCUACGCUACGACGUCGUACUGGGCGCUCGUGUUCCAUCCGCACAAGUUGAUCUUUGAGACCAUCCGCGAUUGCUACGAAGCGUUUGCGUUGCACUCGUUCUACUACUUCUUACUCGGGUACCUUGGCGGUCCGUCCGUGCUGGCCAACACCCUUCGCAGCAAGAAAACCGUCAAGCACAUGUUUGGCAUGCAAUACGUCAUUCGCCCGUGGACCAUGGGCAACAAGUUUGUUCGCAUGAGCACCAUCGGCAUUCUGCAGUACAUCCCCGUCAAGAUUGCGUGUUCCAUCGUGACCUUUAUCACGUCGUUGCUGCACGUGUAUGGCGAAGGCCAACUGCGAAAUCCGCUGGUCGCGUACGGGUACAUUUGCUUGAUUCUGACCGUGUCGCAGUCGUGGGCGCUGUACUGCCUCGUGCUGUUCUACCACGCCACGGAGAACGAAUUGGCGCCCAUGAAGCCAUUUCCCAAGUUCAUGGCUAUCAAGAUGAUCAUCUUCUUUACGUUCUGGCAGAGCAUGUUGAUUUCACUGCUGGAAAUGCUGGGGGUGAUCUCCGCGUCGUGGGACAUUGGGUGUCCGUCGGAUUGCUGGAGCGCAGGGCAGAUUGCGUCGGCCCUCGAGGACUUUAUCACGUGCGUGGAGAUGCUCAUCUUCGCCGUGGUCCAUCAUUAUGCUUUCUCAAUCGACGACUUCCUUACCAACGUCGGGUCGCCGGGGUCGCCGUCGCAAACGCCGAAAGCGCCGCUUCUCGCCAACUUUAUGGACGUGAUCAACGUUGCCGACGUGAAGGAUGAUAUUUCCAACUCGAGGAAAGAGAUCCUCACCAAGAAACAACAACUCGCUGCGCAGUACGACCUGCACAUUGUCAAGUCGUCGGCCGCGGCGCAACGACAGUGAGACCACGCCACUGUCGCACCCUUAGUAAAUAAUAACUAGUACUCAUGCUUGUACUAGUGCAAUAGUAUGCAUCGUCCAUCGUCA